UAGCAGGCUGUGCGCUUCCGUAGGUGGCCAGCCCCAGGCGAGCGGUUUCCGCUUCCGGUGUCCUUGUUCCCCGGUGCGAGGUGAAGGGACCAGAGCCAAGAUGCUGCGGAACCUGCUGGCUCUUCGGCAAAUUUCCCAGAGGACCAUAAGCACUGCUUCACGCAGACAGGUUGCAAACAGAGUUCCGGAGAAGCAGAAGCUUUUUCAGGAGGAUAAUGGAAUGCCAGUGCAUCUUAAGGGUGGACUAAUGGAUGGUUUGCUGUAUAGAACCACCAUGGCUCUAACGGUUUUUGGAACAUGCUAUGCUAUUUAUGAACUGUUUGUAGCUGCAAUGCCCAAGAAAGUGAAAUGAUUCCGGUUUACAAGAUGCCUCCUUAAUUACCAUCUCCUUGUCCAAUUUCAUGUAAUUCUUCAGGGAUCUUGCUUGUCCUUGUCAUAAAUGGUUGAUUUCAUGUUUGGGAUCAAUAUGUAUUGUAACAUGUUAACUGCAACCAAUAAAGCAGUUUUUACAUGAUUUUGUGUAAUUUGGGAAUCUAUCAAACACAUUCUACAUAUGUAGAGUUCAGGUUCCUAACAAUGAAUGUGUAUUUAUUAAGUGUGACUAGCUGUGUUCAUUAUGAUAUGUGCUCUGCUUAAGCAGAACUCAUCUUGCAUAUAAAUUGCAAGAAAGGAAGAGUUCAGUAAAAAGU